CAGCAAAGAUUGAUCAAGAGGCUCAGGAAGCUUUCCUGUCUAGAACUCGUAAAAGCUUCUUGGAAACGGCAGCAUAUUUUAGCAUGAAGCCAAAGUCUGGAGAUAAAGAAGUCACUCCAAAUCACUUCUUUACCCUGUGGUAUGAGUUUUGCUCAGACUUCAAAGAGUACUGGAGAAAGGAAAGCAAAAUUAUCCUUAAGGAAAAGAUCAAAGAAGCAGAAGCACACAUACAUAGUCAAAAGAAAGAAAGGUCUUACUCUGUCAAGGAAAAAGUCAAAACUGGAAUGAAAGCAAAAGUGACCAUGAAAGACAAGCGUGUUAAUGACACUUAUCCUUAGGAACUAAGAGUAGAUGUGUAACAUCUUUCCCUUCAACUUUUAUGUUUGUACCCAUGUAAUGGCACAUAUCUCUCUUUUAUGCCAUUACAUAGAGGAGAUGUUAUAACUGUCAAUUUUAUUGAUGAUGUUCAGCCAUAUUAUUGUACGACUCUUUACAUCUGUUACUUAAAGGGCAUCGCAUUCACUGACUGCAUGCUCAAUAGAGAAGCAAAAUCUUCUGAAAAGUAUUUCAAAGCAAACUUUGGACCUGAGGGGAUGCUGGAACUUUCAGGUCUUUCAUCAGUAGCUAAUGAACUGGGGACUUGUUGAUGAGGACAACACAAUCAGUGGUUGAAUUUGUUUGUUCCUUCCACUGGCAAUGUGUAUUUUACAUCAAAUAUAUAUAUCUAUGUUCCAGAACAGAAUUAAUUUAGUCAUUUGGACAGAUUCUAGAUUUUUGUCCAAUGGAUAAACAUUAACAAUGCAUGAAAAAUAGAACAAUUAUUUUCUUAAAUAAUACUUUAUAACCCCUGACUUGAUGUACUCAACAAGGUAUGAGCAUGGGCAAAUUUCAUGUGAAGGGAUAAUCAACUCAAUUAAAAGUUGCAAGUAUUUUUGAUUUGGUUAGGAUGAGCUGUGAAGGAGAUUACAGGUUGCCUGUGGUAAACAUUUCCUAAUAUUAAGGUGGAGCUUUGUCUGCUGGGGGUGGUUCUGGCACUGAAAUGCACUACUGUUCAGCUUUUGCUAGGAUUAAUUCUAAAGCUAUUAUAAUAAACAUUUAUCAAACACCUCAUAGUUUUUUUUGUGUUUUUAAUGUAAAUUUGGUGUCUUACUGCUGUUCAUAAGACAAGAUAUUAAAUUAUUUAAAUGUAGGUAUAUAACAGCAUGUCGACUUUAGAUUCUAUUGUGUCAGGAUAACUUAUAUUUGUAUAAUGCUGUAAGUUGACAAUAGUCUGUUAAAAUCGCCAAGUGCAAUACUGUAUUUAGUAUUUCUAUUUGGAGUAUUUCACAACUGUUAAUUUAUAUGAAAUGUA